ACCGCGUCAUCAUUACGUGCCCCGGAAACGGCCGAGCAACUUCCUUCCCCCGAGCACGGCGAGCGACAUUUCUGCUAAUUUCCUGCCAUUAAAAACAAACGAUAUAUAUAUAUAAACUGGUUACUCGUCGCGCGGAUGUUUCUAUAAGCUGCCUUCCGUCUCUUAAGGGUCCAGCAGUGAAGCCAUGGCGUCUCCAGGGGGACAAGGAGGAGGAGCAGUGUCGACCAGAGGGGGCGGCGGCGGGGCCAGGAGGAUGAAGUGGGCCCUGGAGCUGAGCUUGGGCAACAGCAGGAGCCGUGCCGACCGACAGGGCGGUCAGGGCGACGUCGUGUACCCCAUCGGGUACUCUGAGAAACCCGUCCCCGACACCAGCAUCCAGGAGACGGACAAGAACCUGGUAGAGAAGCGCUGUUGGGACGUGGCUCUCGGGCCCCUGAAGCAGAUCCCCAUGAACCUGUUCAUCAUGUACAUGUCGGGCAACACCAUCUCCAUCUUCCCCAUCAUGAUGGUUUGCAUGAUGGCCUGGAGGCCCAUCCAGGCGCUCAUGUCCAUGUCCGCCACCUUCAAGCUGUUGGAGAGCUCCAGUCAGCAGUGGCUCCAGGGCCUCGUCUACCUGGUCGGUAACCUCCUGGGCUCGGCGUUGGCCAUCUACAAGUGUCAGUCGAUGGGGCUGCUCCCGACGCACUCCUCUGAUUGGCUGGCUUUCAUAGGACCGCCUCAGAGGAUGGAGAUCAUGGGCGGAGGGAUGGUGCUGUGAAGAGGACGUUUGCUGCCGGUUCAUAUUUUAAUAAAGGGGUUAAAAAGCCAGCAGACCAUCAAGUUUAACUACUGUAUCGCAGGUUAUUUUUGACAGAAUACAGAACCCAGUUUUUAGGGGGUUAAUGUCACUAAUACCGAACUUUAUAACUCGUAACAUUUUCUUUUGGUCUGGAACGGAUGUCUUAUUAGGUUUUAUUCCAAUAGAGUCGUAUUUUCAUUUUUUUUCCCCUAUUGUUUUGUUUCUAAAUUUAAUAGUGAAACUCCUGAUUGGCCAGCAACAGUUACUAACCUGUUUUUUUUUUAUUUAUGAGUGUUUUAAUUUAUACUUCUAUGCUACAUAACAUAAAUAAAUUCUGGCUGCAAUAACA